AUGUCUUCAGGCGAGCCAUCCCAAUAUGAGCCAGGCUGGAAGCCUCCGGUCCAGCAGAUGGAGCCUCCUGGGCUACAGUCGGACAUGAAAGUCAGCCCGUCAAUCGAAUACGUACCGACGCCCGACGGCGGUCACAAGCUCUACCAAGCCGCCGGCAAGCUCAAGGACAGAAAGGCCCUCAUCACUGGUGGCGACUCCGGCAUUGGCCAGGCUACCGCCGUUCUCUUCGCCAUGGAGGGUGCAGACGUCCUGAUCACGCAUUUGCCUGGCGAGGAGUCUGAUGCAAAGAAGACUGUCGAGCUGGUGGAGAAGUACGGCCGGAAGUGCUACACUAUUGCUGUGGAUCUUAGAGACAAGGCCAACUGCAAGAAGAUCGUCGACGAGGCGAUUAGCAAGUUGGGCGCGAUCAAUAUUCUGUUCAACAACCACGCUUUCCAGAUGAUGAUCCAAGACAUCCACGACUUGCCGGAGGAGCAGUGGGAGAAGACGUUCGCGACGAACAUUCAUCCCUUCUUCUACACGUCCAAGUACGCCCUUGAGCACAUGAAAAUGGGCGACACCAUUAUCAACGAUGCAUCAGUCAACGCCUACAUUGGUCGCCCAGAUCUCCUCGACUACACUUCAUCAAAGGGUGCUAUCGUAUCCUUCACUCGUGGCUUGAGCAACCAGUUCGUGGGCAAGGGUAUCCGCGUCAAUAUGGUUGCGCCGGGUCCGGUCUGGACGCCGCUUGCGCCGUCCACCAUGAGCGAGGAUGCCAUUAAGCAGUUCACCAGCCCGAUGGGCAGGCCUGCGCAGCCAGCUGAGAUCGCGACGUGUGUGGUAUUCUUGGCAAGCACGGACAGCUCGCAGCUGUCCGGGCAGUGCAUCCACUGCAACGGUGGCGUUGUUGUCAACUCCUAG